AUGACCAACUCUACGGCACCUUCUGAUACAGGUGCCGACCCAGCUGAUCAACGAAAGAGGAAGCGAGCCUCGCGUGAAAGUUCACUGUCAGAAGACCAGAAACGUCAAAAUCAUGUGUCGUCAGAACAACGGCGGCGCCAGGCGAUGCGCCAGACUUACGACACCCUAGUUGACAUAGUCCCGGAUCUGACGUCUGCUCAGAGCAGAUCAGAACUACAAAUUUACGCCAAAAGCUAUAACUACCUAGUUUGGCUCUACGAGCGAAACCGUGCUCUGCGGGAGCAGCUCGAGCGGAAGACUGGCUCCAGCGCCCCGCAGCACCUGGCGUGGGAGAUGCCACAGUAG